ACGGUGACUGACGUAUUUUUAGAAAUUUGUAUGAAGUAUUUUUUUACAAAAUCUUUUGUAUCGCUAUUUUAAUGUUUAUUAUAAUUUAGUUAUUAAUUAUGGCAAAGAAAGACAAGAAAAAAAAUGAACGACAAGAACCCCCAGAGGCGGAGGUGCUGGAGGAGACGCUGGUGGCCGCCACGGACCUGGAGCAGCCGCCGGAGGAGGUGCAGUACACCGACACCUCCUACACCAGCGCCUCCUUCGAGUCCCUGCCGCCGCCCGUCGAAGAAGUCAAACCGAAGAAAAAGAAGGGAAAGAAGGGCAAGGUGGAAGAGGUGGUGGUAGCUAAGAAGACCACGUCUAUGUUUGAUUGGUCAGACGAAUCCAUACCUGACGAACAGGAGCCACCGGUAGAGGAAGAGGAAGAUCAUUCGAAAUCAAGGAAACGAGGAAAGAAAGGAAAGAAAGACAAGAAAAAAGAGGAAAUACCGGAAUUUGAAAAGCCUCCGAAUUGGAGAAAGAUGAACAAAAAAGACAGAGAUAACUGGCUGCUGCAGCGCAUUGAGGAAUGGAGAGCGGAGAAGGAAGCAGAAAAGCAAGCGAUCCUCGCGGGUGCUAAGGAGAAGCGGUUGGCGGAGGCUCGCGCGCGCGCCGCUCUCAUGGUAAAGGACAAAGAACAGAUGGAGGUCAGGGGAGAUUUGCUGCGAAAAACUGUCAUACUAUUCCAAAAAUAUGAACAGCAGAAGCUGGAGUUCGAAAAGAGAAAGAAUCUUAGAGCUGAAUGGCACCAGUACCUGCGCUGUGAUGGGCUGCCGGACCCUCGCAUCGUGACGCAGAUGAACACCUACCUUCACCUCUGGCGGCAGCAGCACUUGUGCGACGACAACGAUCUCGACAGGCGUUGUCUGGAAGUGUUGCCGAUGUUGGAUCUACUUGACGAGAUAACGGCUGACACGAGGCAGUACACAGACUCCCAAAUACGUAACUUCAACGAGGUGCGAAUGGCUCUCCGAGAGGAGCUGUCCAACGCCAUCCAGGUCGCCUCGUAUACACUGCUGCGGGACCUGGAGCACCACUUCCAGUGGCCCUCCAUCAAGCUGUCCACAUAUGAGCGAGAGUUCAAAGGCCUCAGGCUCAACUUCUGGGUCGCUGUUAGGAUGCCCACUAGGAAACCUAAGCCUGUUGAACCAGAACCAGAGCCAGUAGAGCUGACGUUCCCAGCCAUGAAAGUGGCCAUCAAGCUGCCGAAGAUAAUCGAUGGGUCGUGUGCGUGUGUGCGCGCCGCCCGCUCGCUCGUCGACCUGCUCAGCGAGCGCUCCAGGACAUUCCCACUCACCCUUGAUAUUAACAAUAAAUAUGAAGACUUGUACACAUUCAACAUAAAAGAGCACGAGGUGACUUACAAGUUGAAGGUGGAGCAGGAUGAGGUACGCACCAAGUUCUACAAGGACAUCGCGGCCAGGAUAAAGGAAAUAGAAACAUUUAUAAAAAGUAACCCAUUCUUGAAGAACGAAAAAGAAAAGGAAGAAUUAGACAAUUUAAACAUGGCCGAGCCGCAGGGUUUGCCUGAUCCCAGGACAUAUUUUAUUGAACAAAACGAACUGGCUUUUACGAAAUAUCUGAAGAAAUGUGCGUAUAAAACAAGACCGGGCGAAAUAAACCUGCGCAAAUACAGAGUUUGUGGUGGGAUCCUGAACGUGGACCUGCUGACCACUCCGCCGCAAGCCAAGCGCAUGGCGAGGGGCAUCGCUCUCACCACACUGGAGCUGCCGAAGCAACUGCAGCAGAGCAAGUAUCAGGUGCGGUACCGCGCGCCCUCGCCGCCGCCGCCCGGUGUCACGCGCACCCCGGAGGAGAUCGAGGCGGAAAUCAAACGUGUUGAGGCCGAGUAUGAGAAUCUGGCUCUCGUCUUCAUUGAGCUGCCGCAAGAUGUGAUGUGGUCGGAGCCGCCGGUGGUGUGCCAGUGGUACGAGCCGCGCCAUCUCUGGAUGACCACAUACAUCAACGACUACAAGUUCAACGAGGACAAACUCACCGUGCAGUUCCGCACUGGAGUUCUCUGGCCGAUCGGCUUUGCAACAUUGAGAUACAGCAACUUACCCUACCAAGGAUGGGAUAUUCGGCCAGACCUCGAAAGCGAGGGUGUGGUAAUAUCAGUGACGGGUGUGUGUGUGAGUGUGACGUGGCUGUGCCGCGGCAGCUCGGUGCGCUUGCUGUGGAUCGCCAACGCCACCACGCCCGCGCUCAAGGACCACUUCCACAAGCCAUACAGCGUUAAGAAAAUGAUACAGAUUAUGCGCGAGGCGGCUUGCGACUUCUUCCCAGACUUCGACGCACACAAUCAGGUGGAGGGCAGCUGCCCCAAGGAGUGGGUGGGCGAGCGGCACACCUACCACGCUAUGGCUUUCCUCUCCAGGGCCUACAACUUCCAGUGGAGCAGGUGGAACGCCACCGCCGGCAGCAGGAACCUUGUAAUGCAGAUACGAGAAGCCGUCGACAGGAAGAGAGAGGCCAAAUUCAGUCUUCUGCACGCAACGCCGCAGCACGCCACCAUACUCAACUGCACAGAGCUGUCGCAGGAGUUCAACCUCGAGCCAUUGGCUGGUUUGCAGUUCUACCCCGAUCUGUUCACGCUGAACCUGUCGUACGGCUCGGUGGACGCGCGCCGCGCACCCUUCCUCAUGAAGUACAGACUCGUGGAGACCGUCUUCAACAUGCUUACUGAGCUGAAGCUGUGCAGCUUCUCCUGAACACGGAGGCGGCAAGUUCAUAAGGUCCACAAUAAAGCUAGAACAGUUGUGCUCUUUGUAAAUAUAAUGCCUUAUUCUCUUUAACUUAAGCUCACUACAUAAUAAAUCACGUAC